AUGCCCAUCACCGAGCCCUGGAGCCCCAGCCCCGAGUCCGUGUCCUGGGACUACUCGGGGUCUGGCGCCCUGGAGGAGGAGCUGGAGCUGUGCGCGUCCUGGGAGCUGCCCCACGCCCACGCCUUCGUCCCGGCGCUCUACCUGGCGGCCUUCUGCGUGGGCCUGCUUGGCAACUGCCUGGUGCUGAGGCUGCUGGCCCCGCGGCGCGGUCCGCGGCGUCUGGCGGACACCUUCGUGCUGCACCUGGCGGCCGCCGACCUGGGCCUGGUGCUGACGCUGCCCCUGUGGGCCGCGGCGGCGGCGAGGGGCGGCCGCUGGCCCUUCGGCCUCGCGCUGUGCAAGCUGAGCGGCUUCGCGCUGGCCGCCUCGCGCUGCGCCGGCGCCUUGCUGCUGGUGGGCAUGGCCGCCGACCGCUACCUGGCGGUGGCCCUGCCGCUCCGGGCGCGGCCGCUGCGCUCCCCGCGGUGCGCGCGCGCCCUGUGCCGGGGCGCCUGGGCCGUGGCGCUGCUGGUCGGCCUGCCCGCCCUGGUCUCCCGCGACCUGCAGCCGCUGCCCGACGGCCCGGGCAGCCAGUGCGGGGAGCGGCCCUCCGACGCCCUCCAGGCGCUCGGGCUGCUGCUGCUGCUGCUCACCUGCGCGCUGCCCCUGGGCGCCACCCUGUUCUGCUACUGCCGCCUCGCACGCCGUCUGCGCCGGCCGCUGCGCCUGGGCCGCGUCCCCGCCGCCCCGCUGCACAUCAUCUGCGCCGUGGAGGGCGCCUUCGUGGGCGCCUGGCUGCCCUUCGGCGCCCUGCGCGCUGUCCUCCACCUGGCGCGCCUCGGGGCGCUGCCGCUGCCCUGCCGCCUGCUGCAGGCGCUCCGCUGGGGACUCACCGUCGCCACUUGCCUGGCCUUCAGCCACAGCUGCGCCAAUCCUCUCAUCUACCUUCUGCUGGACCGCUCGUUCCGCGUCCGGGCCUGGCGCCUGGCGCACGGGCUCAGCUCGGUGUCCUCGCGCUCCGGGGACCUCAGUGCGGAGCCCCGGAGCCCGGCCGACAGCGGGGGAGGAGCGUGGACCGGCCCCAGCCGGCCCGUAAGGGCCCCAGGCCGGCGGAGGUCCAGGGAGGCGGCUGGAUCCCCAGACGCGUCUCCUCUGCGGGCCGCAGGACGCUCCGCUGGCACCCCGGGGAUCGCCUCUCCGUCGUCGGCUUCCCCAAACCUCAGCGCUUCCUAA